CAAAACCCAGAAGCCCGCCCGCCUGCCGCCCCGUGCUCGUGUACUAGGGUUUUAAAUCGCUUUCAGUUCCCCUCCCAUUUCGCCGACCACCGCCGACUCCCCGCUAGGGUUCCGGCCGGCGAGCGGGUUUGCUCUCCGGCGAUGGCGCCGCCUCCGCCGCGCGAGCUCCUGGCCGUCUUCGAGGCGGCGCUGCUCGGCCCCGCGCCGCCGUCGCCGUCGCAGCGCGUGGAGCUCCUCCACGCCGUCCGCGAUGCCGCCCCUGCGUUCCGCGCGCUCCUCUCCUUCCCGGGGCCGAAGGCGUCCGACCGGACUCAGGUGGAGAGCAAGGAGGUGCGGCUGCCGGACAUGCCGCCCAUCACUCUCGACGACACUGAUGUGCAGACUGCCCUUAAGUUGAGUGAUGAACUCAAUCUUAAUGAGAUUGAGUGUGUUCGUUUGCUAGUUGAUGCUAACAGAGAGUGGGUUUUGUAUGGUCGAGAACCAUUGGAAAUAUAUAGACUUGCAGCUGGCCUCUGGUACAUGGAGAGAAGGGAUCUUAUAACCUCGUUGUACAUUCUGUUGCGAUCUGUUGCACUUGACCAAGGUCUUGAUGCUGAUCUAAUGUCUGAAAUUGAAGAGCAAUUGCAGCCUUUAUUUAAUGAUGGUCUCCGGCAAAGGAUAAUUGCGCUUGUAAAGGAGUUGAACCGUGAAGAACCAGCUGGAAUUGGCCGACCAAGCUCUGAGCGAUAUGUGCUUGACUUCAGAGGUGCUCUUGUGGAAAGAAGGGCAAUAGUCUCGAGAGAGAGAUUAAGUUUAAGCCACUGCCUUGCUCUUUCUGCACUUAUUAAACUAAUGAGCCCCAAGGAGGUUAAGGAUGCAUUUUCAAUAUUGAAAGACUGUGCAGCUGAAGCAAAUCAAAAUACAAGUGUGGAGCUUCAGAUCACCUAUGGAGUUCUGUUUUCUCUUGUAGCAACUUUUAUUUCUGAUGCCCUAAGUACUUCUCAUGAGAAAGGAUCAUUGUCAUCGUAUGAUUCCUCAUUUAGACAUGAAUUUCAUGAACUUGUGAUGAGGACAGGAAACAAUAUGACUGUUGAAGGAUUUGUUGGUGUUGUGCGACUUGCAUGGUCUGUUCAUUUGAUGCUAACUCAAGAUCGAAGUAAUUCAAGAGAAAUUUCAGAUAUUUGGUCAUGUCUGGAAAUUAUCUGUCGUCAAAAUUCUUUUGAGUUUUUGCUGGAGCAAGUUUUGAAAACAGCUGCAUACCAGAAUGAUGAUGAGGAUAUUGUCUACAUGUACACUGGCUACACACACAAGUUAAUGAUGUGCUUUAUUUCCCACCCAACUUCUAGAGAUAAGAUAAAGGAAAUUAAGAAAAAAGCAAUGACUGCCCUCAGUCCAUAUGGGCCACCGCGAGAUCAUCGAGAAGAUCCUGCUAGAAAUGGGGAACAAGGUGGUCAGCCUACUAAUGAGCCUUUUGUAUCCUUGCUGGAACUAAUUAGAGAAAUCUAUCAGAAAGAGCCUGAGCUAGUGCAUGGAAACGAGGAACUGUGGACCUUUGUUAUAUAUGCAGGAGAAGACCAUACUAACACACAAACUCUUGUGGCCUUCCUUGAACUUCUCAGUACUUUGGCUUCCACUGAAGUUGGUGCUGCCAAAGUCUAUGAGCUGCUUCAGGGAAAAAUUUAUCGCUCAGUUGGGUGGAGCACUUUGUUUGAUUGCUUAUCUAUCUAUGAGGAGAAGUUUAAAAAAUCCAUUCAAUCUUCUGCAAGCAUACUACCUGAUUUUCCUGAGGGGGAUGCACAGGCACUUGUUGCUUAUUUAGCAGUUCUUCAGAAGGUUGUGGAAAAUGGGAAUCCUAUGGAACGAAGGAAAUGGUUCCCUGACAUUGAACCUUUAUUUAAGCUUCUAAGCUAUGAAAAUGUGCCUCCGUACUUGAAGGGGGCUUUGCGAAAUUCAAUAGCUGCAUUUAUCAAAGUGUCACCCCUACUAAAAGAUGCUAUUUGGAAUUAUCUUGAGCAAUAUGACCUUCCGGUGGUUACAGCUCCAGUAGGCCACCAUACAGCAACCCAGAUCUAUGAUAUGCGAUUUGAGUUGAAUGAAGUGGAAGCAAGGAGGGAGAGUUACCCCUCGACCAUAUCUUUUCUCAAAUUGAUCAAUGCACUUAUUGCAGAAGAAAGAAACAUAAGUGACAAAGGCCGGAGGUUCAUGGGUAUCUUUAAGUUUGUUUAUGAGGAUGUCUUUGGUCCUUUUCCUCAAAGAGCCUACGCUGACCCUCAGGAAAAAUGGGAGCUUGCACUUGCCUGCCUGGAGCAUUUCCGCAUGGUUUUGAGCAUGUAUGACAUAAAUGAUGAUGACAUUUAUGCUUCUGUUAACACAUCAGCCCCUUCAUCCAUUGAGAGACAGCUCCCUCUGCUAGAACUACUCAAAGAUUUCAUGAGUGGGAAAGUUGCAUUCCGCAAUAUCAUGAACAUAAUAUUAGUGGGUGUUGACUCUAUUAUCAAUGAGCGGACUACCCAAACAUAUGGUAUUCUUUUGGAGAAAACUGUCCAUCUAUCUCUUGAAAUAUUUAUUCUUGUUAUGGAGAAAGAUCUGGCUCUUGCCGAUGUUUUCCGGCCGCUCUACCAGCCAUUGGAUGUUAUUUUAGCAAAAAAUCAUAGGCAGAUAAUAGCAUUGCUAGAGUUUAUACGAUAUGACUAUCUUCCCCAAAUUCAACAGUGUUCAAUAAAAAUUAUGGGCAUCCUGAGUUCUAGAAUAGUUGGCCUGGUACAGUUGCUUCUGGAAGCUGACGUUGGAAAAACUGUAAUAGAAGAUUAUGCCGCUUGCUUGGAGUUCCGGUUUGAUGAUUUUCAGGUUAUAGAGGACACAAAAGAUGAUAUUGGAGUUCUAAUACUGCAGUUGCUUGUGGACAAUAUUUGUCGUCCAGCUCCAAACAUAACACAUUUGCUCUUGAGAUUUGAUGUCAAUGGAUCCAUUGAGCGAACUGCUCUAAAACCAAAAUCUCACUAUAGUUGUUUGAAGGUAAUUCUUGACAAUCUUGAAAAGGUGACAAAGCCAGAUAUAAAUGCCUUACUGCACGAGUUCAGUUUUCAGCUUCUGUACGAGUUAUGUCUUGACCCUUUAACUUGCGGACCUGUUAUGGAUCUCCUGAGUACAAAGAAGUACCAGUUCUUUUCUAAGCAUGUUGGAACCAUUGGAGUUACACCACUUCCGAAAAGGAACACCAACCAAUCUCUUCGUAUCAGCAUGCUCCAUGAGAGGGCAUGGUUGCUAAAGAUGUUAGCACUGGCAUUACAUCUAUCCGAUAUAUCGUCACCUGCGUACCGGGAAGCAUGCGUGGCUAUUCUUUAUCAUACUUUUGGUCAGUGUGCCGAUAACUUCCAGAGUACAAGUUUGGUCCAUUCACGUGAUGCUUCAACUGGCAUUGGCAAUGAACCAGCAAAUAGAAAUAAGGUUCUGGACUUGCUUGAGGUUCUACAGUUCAGAUGUCCGGACACUUCAAUGAAGUAUCCACAGCUGCUUUCCAACCUGGGAGUUGAAUCAAAGAUUGAGGAGAUCCUAAGGAACUCUGCGACAUGUGAAUUUGGUGGUGUAUAUUAUUAUUCAGAGAGAGGUGAUCGACUGAUUGAUCUGGAUGCUUUUCAUGGAAAACUUCUCCAGAUAUCACAAGAAUUGAACUCACAAUUAAGCGAGCCUGAGAAAAGUGAACUAAAAGAAUCAGUUCAUCAUUUGCUGAAAUGGGCUUGGCGAUAUAAUAAAAAUCUUGAAGAGCAGGCUGCCCAACUUCACAUGUUGACUGGCUGGUCACAGAUUGUUGAAGUUGCUGUAUCAAGAAGAAUGUCAUUACUUGAUGACCGUUCUCAGCUAUUGUUUGAGCUGCUUGAUGCUUCAUUGAGUGCAACAACAUCUCCAGAUUGUUCAGUGAAAAUGGCAUAUAUUUUAACCAAUGUAUCAUUGACCUGUAUGGCUAAACUGCGCGAUGAAAGAUUCAUAUGCCCAGCUGGUGCAGAUUCUGAUGCGGUUACUUGCCUUGACAUUAUUUCGUCGAAGCAGCUACCAAAUGCUGCUUGUAACUCAUUGUUAUUCAAGCUGGUGACGGCAAUACUAAGAAACGAAUCAUCUGAAACCUUGAGAAGACGACAAUAUGCAUUAUUACUGAGUUAUUUUCAGUAUUGUCGUAGCAUUCUUGACUCUGAUGUCCCUCCAUCAGUUCUACGGUUCUUGCUACUGGAGGAACAAGAGGCCGAUGAUGAUGACUUCACUCUUCAAAAGGUUCUCAAGGAGCACAAUGAAUUAGUACAGGCCAACUUUUCCAUCAUAAGGAAGGAAGCUCAAGCUAUCGUCGAUUUGGUUACUAAGGAUGCUGUCCAUGGGAGUGAAGCUGGCAAAGCAAUUUCCUUCUAUGUUCUUGAUGCACUAAUUAGUAUUGAUCAUGAAAAGUAUUUCUUAAAUCAGCUUCAAAGUCGAGGGAUUCUUAGAUCAUGUCUAAGUGAUGUUACAAACUAUUUGUCAAAGGAUUCGUCAUUCACAUCAGAAUCUUCACAACGGUUUUGCACUGUCGAUGCUCAGUUCUCAUUACUGCUGAGAAUAAGUCAUCAGUAUGGCAAUCAUGGCUCUCAGAUUUUGUUGUCCAUGGGUGUUUUACAAAACCUUUCAUCAUGCAAUCUCAUGGGUGUGCAAAAAAAGGGAAAUUCAAGGGCAAUCUCCAAUAUCAUAAAAGAACGGGCUGGCGAAAUUGAUAAGAAGAAGUCACUUAUUGCACCCGUACUGCGAAUAGUCACCUCGUUUACAUCGCUCGUGGACUCAACUGAUUUUCUUGAGGUGAAGAACAAAAUUGUACGAGAGAUAGUGGACUUCUCAAAGCAGCAUCAGUCGGUUUUUAAUAGCAUUUUAAGGGAGAACGUUUCUGGAGCUAAUUUGUUCACAUUGGAGCGCCUUAGCUUGGUGGUUUCUAUUCUCAGCAAGGUGUGGGCAUACGAGGAAAAUGAGGAAUGCAGCUAUAUCCAAGAUCUAUUUGCCUUGAUGCAUUCUCUUUUUAGCCUUGACUUUGGGUCUCUGAAUUUUAUGCAAUCGCCCAACAUGAUUGAGAAUCAGAAGUCAGAAUUCAUAGCGUUUGGUCUUUGCUUCAGCCUUAUAUCUUACUUGUAUGUUCUGGCUACAAAGAAGAACAUGCGAUUUCAAGUUUCGUAUGACCAUAAUAAUGACCAACAACAACCAACACUACAAAUGGUUUCUGAUCUUCUGAAUUCAGUAACACGAGCCCUAGAAAGAGUAGCUGAAGAAAAAUGUAUGCUAUUAAACAAGGUUCGUGACUUGAAUGAGUUAUCCAGAAAAGAGGUCGAUGAGAUAAUAAAGUUAUGUAUGAAGCAAGAUUGCAUCUCUCCCAAUGAUAACAUCCGUAAAAGGAGGUACAUUGCAAUGAUAGAUUUGUCUUGCAUGGCUGGGAACCGAGAUCAGCUUAUAACCCUUCUGCUUCAAAUAGCGGAAUGUGCCAUUACCAUUCUCCUUGUUCAUUUCCAGGACGAGGCUUGCGCAAAAGAUCUUUCUCCAUUUUCUGAUGAGCUACUUCCUGUACUGGAGAGGCUUGAACAUUUUAAAGAGGAUAAAGUUGGACGUAGUCUAAAGUUGUUCCACAGAUCUGUGACCACACUAAAAGAGAUGACCAUCAGAAGCAUGACCAUAUGACGGCGGUGUGUGUUGUACAAUAUACGUGUUUUGUGUGAUAGCUACACUUCGCUUGAUUUCUAGAUGUAAAACAUUGUUGUUGUGCUAGCUCACUUAUUGAAUUACAUUAAUAACUUGGACUGCCCCGAGGCGGUCAGUUUUAUGUUA